AUGGAUGCGGAGAAAACCGAAUGGGUUGUGAUUAUAACGGCGUUUGUGCACUUGCUGAUGGCUCCCGGCACGAAAGUCGAAGAGUCGUUCAACGUGCAAGCUACCCAUGACAUAUUAUUUCAUAUGCCUACUAAUUUGAGUAAUUAUGACCAUCGAACAUUUCCCGGCGUCGUUCCGCGAACAUUUAUUGGACCAAUAUUCCUUGCGGCUCUUUCUGCCCCAAUGUCCUUCAUAUUUCGGAUUUGGCUUGUUCCGAAAAUGUGGCAACUAGUUCUUGUUCGCGGAACUCUUGGCUUCCUGAAUGUGCUCGCGUUUCUCAACUUUUGUCGAUCGGUAAAAAUCCAUUUUGGCGCUGACACUGCCAACUUUCUUCGUCUUAUUGUGGCUUCACAAUUUCAUUAUUUGUUCUACGCGUCGAGACCACUGCCGAAUACGUUUGCCCUCACUUUCGUAAUGCUUGUAUUUGAAAGGAUAUUGGAGAAUCGAAUUGAAUCGGCCGUUCGUUGGGCCACAGCAGCGACGGUUCUAUUCAGAUGUGAGCUUCUCCUUCUCUUCGGUCCCCUUUUUAUUAAGUUUAUCAUCAAUCAUCGGCUUCCAUUAUUUGGCACCGAUGGCGCGUUAGCCAAUGGUCUUCGUGUCUCAUCUCUUUGUUUGGCCGUCACAAUGCCGAUUGAUUCGUAUUUUUGGGGACGUCCGGUGUGGCCGGAAGGCGAAGUGGCAUUAUUCAACGUCAUUCAGAAUCGCAGUCACGAAUAUGGCACGUCCCCAUUUUUGUGGUACUUCUACUCGGCGCUUCCUCGAGCUCUCCUAUUGUCAGCGUUUCUGGUGCCGUUGGGAGUUUUGCUUGAUCGAAGACUUCGAAGCUUGAUCAUUCCAUGUGUUGCAUUUGUUUUCCUAUACAGUUUUUUGCCACAUAAGGAAUUAAGAUUCAUUAUCUACGUGUUCCCAAUUUUUAAUUUGUCGGCGGCGGUUUUCUGCGCCCGAAUGUAUAUCAACCGCGCCAAAUCGAUGGCGCGCUUCAUCCUUUACCUCGGGUGUCUCCUUCAUCUCAUUGGAAAUUUGGUGGCGGCUGGAACAUUGUUGUACGUUUCAUCGAGGAAUUACCCAGGAACUGACGCGAUCAAUUAUCUUCAUUUGCAAAUGCGUUUUGAUGCUCUGAAGCCGGUAACUGUGUACAUUGACAACGCUUGUGCGCAAACCGGUGUCAGUCGAUUCUUGCAAAUGAAUGAUGCUUGGACAUACAAUAAAACGGAGCACUUAAAACCAGAAGAUCUUAAAGAUUUUGAUUUUCUAGUUUUGGGGACCUAUGGAACAAAAUUAAAAGAAGAAGUUCAAGCCAACUUCACCACUUAUCACAGGCCUAUGUUUUACGUAACCGCGUUUCACAAAUAUAAACUUAGAAAAUCGAAAAAAUUCCCAUUCUACUAUCCAGAGAUAAUUCUGAAAGAAAAGGCGGUAGUGCUCAAAAAUAAAGAGUACAAAUAA